AUGGAUCGCCGCGCCGAGCGUUCGCGAUCCCCACGGCGAGUGACCGAUGAGAAUCAAGACGUCCAAAUUCAUGUGACAUUGCCCAGUGGCAGAUCGAGUACUCUAUCAGUGUCCUUGAAUGAGCUUUUUGCAGUGCAGAAGCUGCAGGCGGCGGCGAAAGAAUCGUUUGGAAUACCUUACUUGCCCAGGAUCUUCUUCCAGGGAAGAAUGCUAGAUGCCAGAGAGUCUCUUCAAGACUCGGGACUUGCUGAUGGGGAUACUGUCACGGCGGUUGUGCAAGCGGAGAAGCAUAUGGCCACGACGGAGGCGGCAUUUGCUGCCUGGCGCACUGGUGGCAAUCAAGUAGUUACGUGGGGUUUGCAAGCGUUUGGAGGAGACAGCAGCAGUGUGCAAGAUCGGUUGAAGAGCAUCCAAGAGAUCCAGGCCACGCGCCGGGCCUUCGCGGCGCGCCUCGCGCGCGGCGCGCCUCGCGAAGUGGUGACCUGGGGCGAUCCGGCGCAUGGAGGCGACGUCAGCGCAGAGGUGCAGAGGCGACUGAAAGACGUGCACUCCCUCCACUCCACCGACGGGGCCUUCGCAGCGCUUCUGAGUGAUGGAUCGGUGGUGACCUGGGGCGAUCCCUGCAAAGGAGGGGACAGCGGCGCGGUGGAGGAUCGUUUGAAGAAGGUUUGUGCACUUGCAUCCACUGGCUGGGCCUUUGCUGCCUUGUUGUCUGAUGGAUCUGUGCUGACUUGGGGAGAUCCAUACUUUGGAGGAGACUGCAGUGAGGUGCAAGAGAAGUUGAAGACGGUGCAAGAGAUUCACUCUUCGAGCUAUGCCUUCGCGGCCAUUUUGGACGAUGGAAGUGUGGUCACCUGGGGCAACCCCACAUUCGGUGGGGAUUCGAGCAAGGUCCAAGAGGAGCUGCGAGAUGUGGUGCAGAUUCGAGGCUCUCGCUAUGCCUUCGCUGCGCUUCGCUCGGGUGGAUCGGUCAUCACCUGGGGAGAUGAAAGGCGAGGAGGUGAUAGCAGCUUGGUGCAGGAACAACUGAAGAAGGUGAAACAGAUCAGUGCGACCCACUACGCCUUCGCUGCUCUGUCUGAUGGAGCUGUGGUCACCUGGGGUGGGCCUGGAGGUGCAGUGGAGAAACGGUAUGCAUGCCGCCUGGUGUGGAGCCAUUUGAUCUGUCGACUCCGGGCAGCGGCCCGGAGGGUCAAAGUGCGAAGAUCUGCGAAACCCAAGUCGCCCAGGUUCGCCCCAGAGGUCCCCAAGAAGGAGGAGGCCGCCGACCCCGUGGCCGAAACCGUGGACCUCACCAACGGUGCGGCCGCGGCGCCGGCGGCGGCUGAAGCGCCCGUGCCACCGCGCGGGCCGCUGGCGCGCGUGAAGACGGGGCCGCAGAUGGUGCGGCGGAAGGUGCCACGUUGGGCGCCCGAUGGCGGAGGAGCUGAGCUCUUGGUGGCGGACAAAGGGAUUGGUGGUGAGCUGGACACCCUCACGGAGGAACAGGUGCCCGGAGACGGAAGGGUCUAUCGUGUGAUUUAUGACAUGGGCAUCGGCAUCCGCAAGGAGCCCAGCAUCGGCGCCAAGCGCACGGGCGAAGAUUUGCUGAACGGCGAGUGCUUCGAGAUCAAGACCGAGCUCCGCCGCGCUGGACGGCGCUACUUUGAGCUCCUGGACGGCCGUGGAUGGGUCUUCGACUGGACCGAGAUCAACGGGGAUCGAGUCGACUUGGUCGAGUUGGCUGCACAGCUCUACACAGUCGCCUUCCCCGAUGGCGUCAACGGCAUCGCCUGGAGCUCCGACCAGACGAUGCGCUUCUGCACCGUGAACGGCUUCACCAACGAGGGCGAAGCGACCAACUUAGCACAGGCCGGCAUUCGCACCGGAGACGUCCUGGUGAUGAUUGACCAGGAUCCAGUGGUGGGCAUGCCCUUUGGCACUGUCCUGGAGCGGAUUUGGGCAACGGCCGGGCGCCAGCCGGGCUCAGGCUACUUCUACAAGGUGACCACUGAGAACCCCUACGGCAUCGGGAUUCGCGACGAGCCGGACGUGGAUGGCCCGCGCACCGGGGAGGACUUGAUUCGAGGCUCCGUCUUUGAGGCGGCCGACCUCGUCCAGGAGGAUCUCACUUAUUUGCAUUUGGCUGAUCAGCGCGGCUGGGUCUUUGACAACUCGAUCUUCGAGCCCGAGAACCCGUGUGUGGUGAAUCUCGCAGAGAUCGAGCCGGGCUGCACGUUGACCAUGUGGCGUGGCGAGGUCGACGAGCUGGCGAAGACCAUUGGCCUGAAGUUCCGCCAGGACUCCAAUGAUGGCAGACCCUUCACACUCACCGUGCUGGAAGAAGGGGAGCCCAUUCAGCGGGUGCCGGUGGCGCCGGGCUCGAACCUUCGAAAGGCACUGCUGAACAACGGCUUUCAGGUCUAUCAAGACCUCCGGUCGGUCUUCAAUUGUAACGCCAACCAGCUCUGUGGUACCUGCGUGUUAGAUGUGAUGGAGGCAGCUUCCGGGUCCGCUCCGUGA